AUGUCGUGUCAGGAGGAACAGUUGCAAGAGCUUGAGGUUGUGGAGGCUAUUUAUCCGGAUGAGUUUUACGCCAUUAAUAGUGAAUAUCCAGAUAUUCAGUUCCGUGUGGAUUUGAAAUUGGAUCUCAUACCAUUAAAUACUUCUUCUUUUACAGAGAAAUCUAUUGAAUUUGAGCAGCAUAUAGUUAUUGAAUUUUUGUUACCCGAGACUUAUCCAGAUGUAGUCCCAAAAUUGAAGAUUGAGCCUUAUAAGGUGUCUCUGAAGGAUGGUGAAGAAAUUGACGGUGAGGAGGAAGAGGAGUUAGGGUUUGAUGAACAAGGUAAUCCUAUUACAGCUAAGUUAGAGAAUAUCCCUGAUAUGAUUGAUUUUGAUGACUAUAUUCCAGAAUUGAUCGAGGCAUUAUUAGCACAGGUAGAAAGUGAUAUGUUGGUAGGGGCACCUAUGUGUUUCGGUCUUAUUUCCUCUGCGAAGGAAAAUUGUGAGACGUGGUUCCAGAACACUCUCCAGGCCUUAGAAUUGGCACAUGAACAGAAAUUGCGCGAACGAGAAAUGGAAGAACAGAAGAAGUUUCAAGGCACGAAAGUGACCAAGGAGUCUUACCUUGAGUGGCGGAAGAAUUUCAGAAGGGACUUUGGUCUUGAUGAGCGAGACGCCAGAAGGAGGAUGGAGGCACAUUCCGGUCGUUUAUCCGGACGCCAAGUUUUUGAGCAGGGCUUAGCAGGUGCUGAAGAUGACGAGGUAGCUGCAGUUGAAGAUGAGCUAUCACAAGGGAUUAAGCAGUUAUAG